CUUCCAUGUAGUUCCAAUCAUGGCGUGUGUGUGUCCGGAGGGUCUCUACCCCGACCCGGCAUGAGGAAACGACCUUUAACUCCCCAAAUAGGAAGGCGUUAUCGAGUUUGAAAGUGAUUAUUUACAUCUUAGCAUGCUGCCACACUUGUUCAAUUCACAGCAAAGUGAGUGAAACUACCAGGUUGUUGCUGGAACUAGCGUGUUGCCAUGUCGUUACUGUGUGUCAGAGUGAAAAAAGCCAAGCUCCAGGGACCUGCAGAUAAAUUCAAUGCUUACGUGACACUGAAGGUACAGAAUGUCAAAAGCACAACUAUCACCGUGCGAGGAGACCAGCCUUCCUGGGAACAGGAUUUCAUGUUUGAGAUCAACCGACUGGACCUCGGGCUCAUUGUGGAGGUGUGGAACAAGGGCCUCAUUUGGGACACAAUGUUGGGGACGGCCUGGAUCCCCCUGACAUGCAUUCGACAAUCAGAAGAGGAAGGCUUAGGUGAAUGGCUUCUCCUGGAUGCAGAGGUCCUGAUGAAGGCAGAUGAGAUAUACGGCACCAAGAACCCGACCCCCCAUCGACUCUUGUUAGAUACACGCUUUGAGCUCCCUUUUGACAUCCCAGAUAAUGAGGCGCAGUACUGGACAGACAAACUGGAACAAAUCAAUUCCAUGGGAAUCCACGAUGAGUACCCUCUUCAGGAAGACGUUGACAGUCGUCUAUUGGCUCCCACAGUGUCUCAGUGCUGCAACUAUUUUGGAUGGGCUGACUCACUCACUCUGGAUGACCAGGACAGUGCUGUUGAUGACCGAGACAGUGACUACCGCAGUGAAACGAGUAAUAGUCUUCCCCCACGUUACCAUACUACGGCUCAGCCCAACUCUUCUGUACACCAGUAUCCCAUCGGGCCUCGACCAAAUCACCUCCCAGACUCAUGCACGGAGUCCAUCCACAGUUUUGAUCUGGACUACCGGGACCAGCGAAGCAGAUCACUAAAUGAUAAAGGAAGAGUCAGAAUUAUACCCGUGGACUCCGGCAUGGGUUGUGAAGAUUGGGAGAGCAAAUAUGCAAGGCGAGGAAAGCCUCAGCUGAGUGACUUUUUAGAUGAUACAGAAAAUAUCAAUCAAAGGGCAAAAUCUUACCCUGACCAAUCACAUAUAUCAGACCAUAAAAACACUCAACAACGUGGCUAUAUCCCCACAAUCUAUCCUGAGGGCUAUGAUACAAUUGAUCCCCGGAGAAAGCAAAGAUUCAGGGACCCAGGUGGGAUACUAAGAAAAGAGACACAGAAAAUAAGAGAAGAGACUUUUCCCUCGGACCUUGAACUGCUCCGUGAGAAAAGGGGGGAGAUGUUAAUGCUGCAAGUAGCGGAGAUGGAGGAAGAGGAAGAGCAAAUAGCAUCAGGUUCCAGGCCAUACAGAAAAAGUCUUCUCUACAAGACAAGAAUGUGGGCCAAAAAUGAACUUGACACCACCCUAGAAAAUUACGUGGCUUACAAAAAGGAGCAAGAGGCAAUAAUGCAAUUACAGUAUGAUUUUGAUGUAGCGUAUUCGGGGGACCGUCACUAUUCUUUUGACGAGGAUAUUGAUGACAUGGCUUUUGCAGCAGAAGACACAUCUCAAGAAAUUCCUAGACGUAUCCGUGAUCAAAGUUCUUUCUCCUAUGACAGCCGCAUGGACAAUUUUCAGGGAUUUCAGGAAAAGUGCCGACGGCCUAAAGCUGGGGGAUGGGUACCAGAAGCCAUGCUUUCACCCGUUGAAGAACCAAGUGAUGAAUAUGUAGACCCGAUGGAUGAGCUACAGUGCUUAGUUGAAACGGUUUCAGAAUACCUUGCUGAAAAAGAGGAGGAAAUAAGCAAAUAUGGCUCUCUUCCUAAAUCAAGCAAAUCAAGGCUAUCAUCUCAAGGAAGCAACAAAACAGAUUCUCCUGGAGAUGACCAUUUUAAUUCAAGGGAUCCGAAAGAAGAAAGUCAAUCACACCCUCCUGCUGGAAUUUCGGGAGUGAAAAAUGCCAUGAGCUCCUUAUUCAGUAAUUUUACUGACAGAGUUGGAGGAAGCCCCAAACAGUCCGUCACAGAUACAAAAUCCUCAUCUGCACAACCACCGCAGUCUGGAAUAACAAAACUUUUGGCCUUUAUUCCUAAAUCAAAUAGCUCUGCUCCUGUAGCUGUUGUGUCUCCUGUGGAAACCUGCCCUGAAAAUGUGUUCCCGUUGCCUUCACAACCAUCCUGCAAGGCCAACAUAAUAAGACCAAAUGAACCAAAAGUUUGUGCAACAAAUUCUUCUACUACAAAAGUACAGACAAUUGAAAUUGGAACCAAACCUCAGGCUCAAGCAAACUCUGUUUUGGGGAAAUUAAAUCCUUUGAAGCUGUUUUCCUCAGGAAAUAUGAUAAACGCAGAUGAAUGCAAUGAAGAAAAAAAUCCAAGUUAUUCACAAUUAGAUCACGGUGCUUUUCAUCAAGGUAAACCAGAAGCUAGUGUGUCUAGGAAUCAAUCUACAAAGCCUACUGGUGCAACAGCAUCUGAAAGCACUCAUUUAUUUAGUCCUUUAAAGAAGUCGUUUGGAUCUCUGAUCGCACCUCCUUCAUAUAUGCCAUCUACGGGAGCACCACCUGUGGCAGUAUAUCCAGUAUUUAGAUCGACUGAAGAUCCAAGGCUUCAGAAACAGUUAAAUGAUCCGCUAUCACAUACUAAGUCUAAACCGCCUUCACAAUCCUCUGAAAAUGUCUCAACUCAACAACAGCCAAGAGCAGAAGGAGGAAUGUUUUCUGGAUUUUUGAAGUUUGCAUCCAUGGAAGACAUUCAUUACCCUGGAAACACAAAAAAUCCACAGCAAUCACAACCUGGGUCAACAACCUCCAGUGCCUAUAAGCAAAACGCUUCCACACCACAGAAAGCCACAGAAAAGGGAUGGUUCUCCAGUAUAUUCAGCACUACUUCUGUUCCCUCUGACUCAGAUCAAAACGUUAUCAGUAAUCCUCAAUCUCAGAAUACCAAAGAGGUGUCCAGGUCACAUUCACAACAUGCAUCAAAUCAAAAACCAACUGCAGCCCCUAAUCUAGUGCAACAACAAGCUCCAAAUCAAACAGAAUCCCAAGGGUUUUUGUCAGGUCUUUUUAAAGGGAGCUCCACUGACAAUUCUGCUGUGGGCAAAACCGAGUCCAACCAAGUAGGGAUACGAUCCGGAUUUCUUAAAUUUGGUUCAAGUGUUGAGCUGUCUGACAAUAUGCCACAGCAGAGUCAACCUAUUAAUCAACCAACGAAAAAAAAUACAUCCCCAGAAACUCCCUUUGGCGUUUCGCCCCAACCAAAAUUGACAGCUUCACAGAGAGGAAGCCUUCUCUCUAAUAUACUGAAGACAUCAACAGAAAAUCUAGCACAACCUUCUGAGGAUCUAUAUCAAGGGCACAUUCCUGGCAAGCAUCCUAACCAGCACAAGAUUUCUAAUGAAACUGAGGAAAGUCAACCUCGGCAAAGCAAGGGAUUAUUUGGAUUGCUUUCAUUUUCUCCAGCAGAGAAUAGUUUAAGCGGCCAAGUUCAGCACGGUCAGCAGCAAAGCAGUGUCCAGCAACACCAACCAGUUUUGACUUGUCAUGACGUACAAGGACCAGACAUAAAAAAUCAAACAAGACAGCAGUUUGACCAACAGACAACAAACAAAGUAGGAUUUUCUCGACAAGAAACUGUUCCUGUCAAGCAACCACCAUCCAAUCAAGGCGGUCUUCUUUCUGGUCUUUUUAAAUUUGCUUCAUCAGACAGUAUAAACACACAACAGCCCUCAUCAACCAUUGUCCCAAGCAUAUCAAGCCAUGAACAAGCUUUAGAAAGAAUUGAGCGCGCUGAACAAAAUCAACCACAAAUGAAUGCAAAAGAAAAUACUCAAGCAAGUAGUUCUGCUAAACCAAUUGCUCCUCAACAAUCCGAAAUAAUCUAUGAGACACAGCAACAGAUUAAAGUGCAAAAUACACAGUUUGAUCCAAAAGAGAAAGAGACAUCAAAUCCAUCUGGGCUGCUCUCUGGUUUGUUUAAAACGUUGACAAAAUCUGAAAACCAAGGCACAUCCUGUCAGACAUCAACAGAACAAUUGUCUCCAAGGGUCUCAAAUAAGACAACAUUACAGACACACCCACAUUUGAAUAAUAUACAGAAGUGUUCACAAAACCACACGGAGAAAGAGAAGAGGACUCAGCCGCCUGCUCCCCAAGGUUUUUUAUCUGGAUUCGCAAAUAAAAAUGUCCCUAUGCAACCUGUUGCCUACAGACAGUCGGAAACACAAUGCCAAAGUACUGAGGAAUUUAACUCGCCUAGGUUGACAAAAUGUGCUCUAACUAAUGUCAGGCAAAUCAAUGGACAAAGUUAUUUAAAUCCAAGACCAAGCAGGCAUGAUUUCAAAAGUACAGCUGUUUCAAUUGAUUCUGAGAGUCUAGACUUAAGAACAUCGUCUACGUUUGCCAGAUCUUUUCACAAUAAUGAAAAUUACUCAUUUAGUGCUGGUAAUUUGCCUCAGUUAUAUUGCUCUAGCUCUUUUCUACCAAUGCGCCCAAUGGCUUACAGUACAGGAAAUAUUGAUUCAGGCUUUCAAAGUCAUACAAAUUUCUCCGAAACAAUAAAUGACCCAUAUAUUUGUGGAAGCAUGCCAUCGUUGAAUGGAUCCUCAAGCCAAAACCCUUAUAUUUGUCAGGUUUCUCCUUAUCAAUCAAGUCCCUCCUAUGAUGAAAACCAGUGGAUCCGUGGAAGUACCAUAUGGCAGCAGUUUCAGAAUGAAUCCCUGAAUUCUCAAUUUCAAGGACAGGAUUUGGAGUAUGUGCAAAGUUAUGAAAGAAAAGCCUUUUCUCCUGGCUACAGUUCUCCAAUGAUAAACCAUUCACUUACUUCCUCCACGACAAGGCAAGGUGCUAUUUGUCAGAAUGAGCAAGUCAAGCCAUAUAUAUUAGAUGGAAAUGUGAAUGGUGAUUCUUACCCCAGAAAAACAUUUUGGAAUAGCCAUGAAGACGUAGGAAACCUACAAUUUUCCUCCAGUGAACAAGGAAUUUUAAACUUGACAACUAAACCAAGCGUGGCAACACAGGGGAAAUGGAAUUCAUGUAAGGACAGCAGCACUUAUAGCUUGAAUGGAAUUACAUAUCAUGAAGGCUAUUACGAGGAGACCGCACCAAGCUUGUCUUAUUCAGCAAACUGGCAGCAUGGAAUAGAUAAUGGUCUGAUUCAUCAAAGGCAGUGUAAUUUCAAUAACUUAAACGGUUACAAUUUUCCCUCAAAUGGCAAUUAUGACAUGGAAGACUCUAUGUACCUCGAAGACACAGAAUGGUAUCAGCAGUGGCUUGCAUUGUUGGAGCAAGGCAUGUGGUGGCCAGCAGAAGAUGGUGACUGUGGCUACUUUGUUUACACUGAUCAUGAGUACAUUUAUGCUUUGCUCACAGACUCAGCAGGUGAAUAUGUCUAUGUAUGUGCCCCUGAGGAUAAGUCCGUAGGAAAUGCAGAGACAUUUGAUGGAUUUCCCAAUGCUCUGCUAUUCAGCGAAAUGGUUGUGGUGUGUGGCUUUAAAAUUCCACUGUUUAAUGAGGAUGAGCUUUUAUGGCUGCCUGGUCAAGAACUCAAUGACUCCCAACUCCUUAAUGCUCCAUUAAAUUUGUCUGCUGCCUACAGAAAAGGAAAUCAAAUCAUGAACCUAAACCUUGAGCAGUUUACUCAAAUGUUUGAAAAUUCUUUCGUAUCACCAGGGCAACGAGGAGUAGAUUUCACAUCUUACACAUUAAAUAAAGUUCGUAUGGAUCCAAGACAACCCAGCUAUGUUCCCGAAGAUCCAUGCAAGUAUGUAAUUGACCUUUCUUCUCGUAAUAAAGACCAUCUCGGUCCUCAGUGGAACAGCCAAGAAAAUAGGAAAUUACUUGCUCAAAAGGUUGCGGUUUCCUUGAAUUCUACUGAUACUGAGAGGUCAAAUCAGAAGGUACUUUACAACUGUUACCAGCCUAGACAGCAACGUCGUUCAUCCACUGGAGUUACUGUAAAACAUGUGGAUGAUGUAUCAGAGGAGGACUGGAGAAAGAGAGUGACUCCAGGAGAAGAACAACCUAAUCGUCAGGUCAAAACGAUUUCUUCCCUGAUUUCAUCUUUUGUUGGAAGAAGUACAACAGUGGAAUCCAUCAAAACUAAAGUAUCAGGCUGUACUCAAAGAGAACCCAAUAAUGCUGUUGAUACUAAGUCUAGAAACGUGUUUUCAUCGAGUUUACAAAGUGUAAAGGCAAAGAUUAUCAAAGAAGAAAAUACCUCUGUAAAUUCAACAGAAAAUGGUAUAAAUCAACACCAAAGACCAACCGCCACACAGGGAAGAAGUUUGCCUACAUUACCAACUGCAGCUCAAGUGACCCAUCCCUCAACACAAUCGUAUACCAUUUCACAGAAACCUACAUUGUCACGACAGACCACAACAGAGCAUAAUGUCACAGUACCAUUGGGAUCAAAAACAUCUCUAAUUAGAGAUGGCCCCCCUCAAAAAUUUGCAGCUGGUAAGUCAGAGGAUAUAACAGUCAAGAAAACCUCUGAGCAGUCACAGCCUGGGUUAAUUAACUUUCUGGAAUCUACAGUUGGAAUUAAAGAACCAAAGCCAGAGUCACAGACAUGUUCGCAGACAACUCUCAAUCAGCAAAACACAAAUGGAAAUAGUGUUUCCCUACCAGAAAGUGCUUCCAAAGAUAAAGAGGCUACAGGAGUAUCAAAUAUAUUCGGAUCAUUUAGCAGUUUAUUUAAUAUAGAGCCAUCUACGCCACACAAACAGGACACACUCAGGUCCUCAACAGUUAGACCUAAGGGUAUACAGAGACAACAAACAAUGAACCAGAGUGGUACACUUGAGCCAGAGCAGGGCCAUCCCACCCCAAAAUCUGAAGUAUUAUCUUCCCCUUUUUCCCAGUCUACUGAUGUAACAAAGUCAAAAACGGCAUCACAUGCCGAACAGUUAAAACAAGAAAAUAAAAAUAAAACCUCUAGUGGCCUUUUUGGGUUUUCACUUGGAGACAUUCUGACAGGAUCAACAGCAGCUCCUCCGUCUGGACCUACAAUUCAAACAACCACUUCAGCUACAGCUCCACAAGAAGAGUCACUCGGUAAAAGUAUAUUAUCAGUUUUAAGUGGGACAAGUCUUUCACAAUCUGCACCAAAUACUGGGCACCCUCAAGGGAAUCCCCCAAAUGCUAUGCCACAUCAGCCUUUGCCAGGUAAAAAUGUAUUAUCAAUGUUUGGAGGAUCACAUUCUACAGCCCUCACUCCUGAAACCAAGGCGAAAGUUGAGGUACCACAACAAAAAAAUGAUUUUCCAAAAGACCAGCAAAAAGGGUUUUUCUCAAUGUUUGGUAGUACAACCACUCAACAGCCUCAGUCUCAAUCAGGAUCUCUUCUUGGAGGAAUACUUUCAGGAUCAUCCAGUUCAAACGAAAAUCCAGUAAAGGGUCUGUUAUCAAUGUUUAGUGAUCCUAUUUCCCCACAAACUCAGCCACCAAGAACUUCUUCUCCACAACAAAAGGAAGUACAGCCGCAAGCUCAGCAACAAGGAGGGGCUCAGGCACAAUCAAAACACCACUCUCAAUCACAAGCGCAGCAACCCACCUCUGUCCUGGGAGGGAUUUUUGGUGGGUUUUCUACCCCUGAUGAAAGUCCAAGAAAAUCAUUGUUUUCAAUGUUUAGCAACCCCGGUGUUGCUCAAACACCAGGAUCUAGGGGGAAUACAGCUGCCUCACCUAAAGCACCAAUUAAGACUAUGCCAUCCAAUGUACCAGAUGUUGGAGCCCCUUCAAACUCAACUUUAAAAUUGUCACCCACCAUUAAUGUCGUGAUGAAAGAGCCACCAAAGUCUUCCCAAAAUCAAUCAGUUUCUAGCAGCUUGGUACCAGACUGUAUAAAUGAACACAGCAGCAGCAAUACUAAUUUAGGAGAAAUCCAGGCGAGCAAAAUUACUAAUACGACUCCGGAUAUUGCCACUGAUGUGGGUUCUGUAGGUAAAUGCACUGAUAUUUCCUCAAUAGAACCAAAUUCUGAAUGUACAUCUGUACCUAUGAAUACAAACACUAUUAGUGCACCUGUAGAUCCUGCUUUCCUUAAAGAACCAUCAGCCACCGAUCUAUCGUCUAUAGUCAGUGAACCCGGCCAGGCAGCUUCAAAAACAGAAUUUAUUUCCGACAGUCCAGCAAAAGGUUUGCUUUCAUUAUUUUCUGGGCCCAGUACUGAGCCAAGUGUAAGCCAGAAAGGACCAUCGCCAGCAGAAAAUACAUGUGGAUCAUCUGGGUUCAAGGACACGCAAGCUAGUAGUAUAUUCUCUGUAUUUGGAACCUCUUCCCCUCAGCCCAGUUCUCAAUCUGGAAGUUCUUUAUUAGGGGCCAUGUUUGGAGGUUCUUCAUCACAAUCAGCUACCGCUCAGCCUGGAGGGUCAUUACUAGGUAGUUUAUUUGGAUCUCCAAGUCCCCAGUCUACUCCACAAACUCGCAGAGGCUCUGUUUCUCCAACACCAACUCAAGCAAGGGCACCCUUACUUGGAGGGUUAUUUGGUGGAUCUGCUCAAGCAGGAGGAUCUCAUACAGGAGGGUCUAUUUUGGGUGGCAUUUUUGGUGCACCUGCAGCUUCCUCAGCACCACAGGCAAGUGGCACAUUGGGUGGACUAUUUGGUGGAGCUGCAACACAAACUUCUGAAGCUCAAAAAAAUAACACUAUAUUGGGGGGUAUUUUAGGAAAAUCAGCUCCUGCACAGACAGAUAACAUUUUGCCCAAAGCCUCAGUCCCUGCUGAUUUCAAAGAAUCGGUUUCACCUGCAAUAUCCACUCAAACGGCUUCAUCAAAUUUGAACGAAGCGAAGAAAAUCCCUUCUCUUCCUGAAACUACUUCAAGUGUAACUACCACGCAUGAACCACCUAAUGACAGUAUCACAGUUGAAGAUUCUAUUGGUCAAGAAUCUUCUGCAACUGCACCUCCGAGUAAAGAACCGCUAGAAAUAUUACAUCAACCUGAUAGUGGAACACAGUGUCCUGAAGAAAGCUUACUUAAAACACAUGGUGACAAAGAUGAUCAUAGUGAUAAGACUGACAAACUAGUUCGAGCAGAUAAUGAUGCUGAAUCUGAAACAUGUAAUUUAGCAAGGCCAAAGCUUGUGGAAGAUAUGUCUAGUCAGGAUAAAAUACCGCCACAAAAUAAAGAGGAAACUCUACCCACACCUGUGGUUGAGGCACAGCGUAAGGCACAAGAGGCAUCAACAGAUACAGUUACAGGCUUUAUGUCCUCCCUUUUUAAGCCAACACCAUCUGUGAAUGAAGGUCGUCAACCUCAACAGCAAAGUUCACUUUUGGGAAUGGGAGGAUCGGAGCCCCAAGCUGCGACUAGCCAACCAGGCCCCUCAAUACUCGGCAGUAUUUUUGGAGGUUCUAUCACACAGACAACAUCUCCCAAUUUGGGUGGGCUAUUAGGAAAUUUAAACAAGAGUUCUAAUCCCCAGUCUGACGUUCAUUGUACUGCAUCUGAUGCUGGAGGGUCAAUUUUAGGUGGCAUGUUUGGAGGCCGAACCACCGUGAAACCAGACGUUCCCAAGACUGGUGGGCCGUUACUGGGUGGGCUGUUUGGGGGAUCUGCCACAGCAGCACAGCCUGGAAGUUCUCUACUUGGAGGAUUUUUUGGAGGAGUAACUGCUCAAACUUCGGUUUCACAGACUGGAACAUCUGUACUCGGUGGUAUUGGGGCGGCUAUAUAUAGGGGAAUGGGGCAGCCACCUAAGCCAUGUGAACAAAUGCCAUGUGAGCCAAAGCCAGAAACUAGUACUACACAUCCUCAGGUGACGCAUGAAAGUGCGAUGCCAUCUGUUGCCCAGAAAGAUUCAAGUGAACUGUUGGUGUCCAAUCAUGCGAAUCACACUCAGAGCGUGACAAGUGAUAAUGCAGUAUCAUCCGAGGCUGCUUGUGCAGACACUACUACAAGUAAAUCUGACCUCAUGGAUCAAAUAGACGGCACCAAAAAAGAAAUGUCAACUGUUGAGCAAGAAGUGAUUCUUGAAAAACCCAUUGUCAUUGAAGAAGGGUCUAGAAGUGAUGACAAGUCAUUUCAACUGAAUGUCCAAUCUGAUUCAAAUACAGCCCAUCCAGUUGAUCAGUUACCAAAAGAGCCAUCUCAAGCUAAUACUUUGUUUGGUUUCAUAUCAACACAAAGUGAUACUGGAAAAGCUCUUGGAUCUUUAUUUUCACCAGCAAUGCCGCCUGGUGUUUCAUCAGUUCCACAAACAGAAACAGCCGGCUCUCUUUUUUCAGGAUUAAAAACACUGUCUGGAGGACUGUUUAAAGAGGAAAAAACAAAGGCUUCAUUAUUUGGGACAAAGAUAGGAUUUCCUUGGCAAACAGAGCCAGCAAAGCAAGAUGUUGCCCAGGUUAUAAGAUCUCAACCAAAAAACAAGCCAACAAGUGUUGACACACAUGAAGUACAAAAGCUUUCCACAUCUGAUGCUCCUAAAGCUGAAUUGGUAGGUUCCACAAAUGUUGUAGCCAAUCUCCAGAUAAGCAUUUCCACCCCUGAAGUAGAUUCCUCGACAUCCUUGACCAUAAAAGAUUCCAAAACACUUGUAGAAACAAACCCUUCUGCAGGUACUACCAAUGGAGUGCCGCUGGACAACCAGUCCAAGAGGAAUCUGUUGAAUACAAAAAGGCUAGUAAAAGCAUUAUAAAUGGCAUCUUUUACCAUUUAUGAUGCAGUUACAUUUAAAAAAACAUUACUUUUAGUUGUAACCUUCUCCAAAUUUCCUAAACCCUCUCCGAAUUUAAAUUAAACUAACUCUAGUUUAAUUUAAAUUAAAUUGUAGCUCCCAUUCAUACCUUUUUUCAAAACAGGAUUCUAUGUACACAAACAUGUUACUUUAUUUAU